AAAUUCCCGAGUCAGUUGCAGAGGAGUUGCUUAAGGCAGUGGUAGAAGCCUUCAGCAAUAUGAAAAUUUCUGGAGAAUCCAGCGUUCAAAGUCACGUUUCCAUACCCGAAGAGAAACCUAAACUGCAAAGCCGCAGCCAACUCGCUACCUGUGAUUUGAUGGAUGCCACUGGUUGGUCCAAGACUUUAUGCGCUGCUCAUUGUAUUCUGUUGGGACACCGCGGUGGCUACUGCAACGGAAGGUGUAUCUGCGUAUGCCGCGAUUAAAUACAGUUGA